GCUGCGCUCCGAACGGAUUCAGGACGGACCCGUCAGAGUCUGGGAAGGGCCUGUGCGGCUCCUUCCAACUUGCAUUCCUUCUGCUGUUUGCGCUGGCGUUGUUUCGCUUGCUCUGCCCUCUCCCGAGGCAGCCCGUGCCCCGCAAGGAUGCUGAUCCUCCUGGCGUUCAUCAUCGUCUUCCACAUAACCUCGGCGGCACUCUUGUUCAUCGCCACGAUCGACAGCGCCUGGUGGGUCGCGGGCGGCUUCUACACGGAUGUUUGGUAUCGCUGCAGCAACGUCUCCAACUGCACCGCGCUCGACGAGACCUUCCCGGACUUCUCAGCCUUCCAGGCCAUCCAGGCGACAAUGGUCUUGUCCACCAUUCUCUGCUGCGUGGCCUUCUUCGUCUUCCUCUUCCAACUUUUCCGCCUGAAGCAAGGGGAGAGGUUCAUUCUGACGUCCAUCAUCCAGCUCCUGUCCUGCCUGUGCGUCAUGAUCGCGGCCUCCGUCUACACCGACCGGCAGGAGGAGCUGCACAAAGGCCCGCAGGAGUUCCUGACUGUGACCACGGGCCAGUUCGGCUACUCCUACGUCCUGGCCUGGGUCGCCUUCGCGUUCACCUUGCUCAGCGGCAUCAUGUACCUAAUACUGAGGAAGCGCAAAUGAGAACGGCCGGGGCGGGUCGCAAGCCCCGGGGUUCUGCUCGCAGCGCUGGGAUGCCAGGAACUCUCUUGUAUAUAGUCAGAGUGGUUGUGUACCGCGGUUCUUCUUCGGGCCAUUCCUCGCCGUCCCCCGUGGUGUGAAGCAAUGAGGAUUAUAGGAGGGAGGGAGGGAGGGAGGGAGGGAGAGCAGGUGGACUGUGGCCGCCGAGCCCCCUUGGCCGCCGAGCGCACCCUCCUCGGGCCUUCCCGGGACGUGUGCCCUGCGCAGCCGAGGGGGCUCGCUCUGCCCCGAGAGCCAAACCGCAGCUGCGGGUCUUCCUGCCACCGGGCACAGGAGGGACCCCGGAGGAGGCUCCCCUGGGGCCAGCCAGGCGCCUUCGGCUCUUCCCACCCUGCCCCGGUGCUCCCUCGGGCCAGCAGGCUCUUGGCGCAGCGGCCCUCCGCUCUCCGGGGCCGGGCAGAGGCUGCGUCCCGCUCAAAGCGCGAUCCAGUCCGCCAGCGGGUCGCUGCGCAUCCACGGCUGCAGCAGGCAAAGGCAGGGCGACCCCCACCCAGUCCGCCGCUCCUCUCCGCUUCGGCUUUUCACACCUUCCAGUUAAAACCUCCCCUGCUUUUCUUCUUUUUGAUGUAUAUACGGAACGGUUUGGCACCCCUCUCCGCUUCAAUAAACAUCUCUGGAAGUGGGACCAGGCCAGACUCCUUUGCCGCAGAGCGUAGCAAGCUGGUGUGGACCCACCUCCCCCCACCCCCCGGGGCCCCGGGCCACAGUGGCCAGCAGCGCUCUACCUGGGGGAGAGCCCCACCUCGCCUGCCACUCUGCAGCCCGCAUUUGCCCGGUUCCCACACGCCUCUUUGGGUUCACCGAGUAGCCGCACCGACGCGCUGCGGGGCCUCGGGGACGCCCCCACUUUGCCACCGGCCCGGCGUGCGUCUUGGCAGGCGUGGGCCCCCCAGCGUUGGCCUCAGAAACACUCUUGAAGCGAGCGGCUCCACUUUCACAAGCGAGGCUGUCUGAUAAAACCACCAGCAGGUGGCAAACUUGGAGGAAACGCCGCGUGCGCACCAAGAUCCCGGCUGCUUUUGCUCCGGGAAGGCUGACCUGGCCUGGCCACAAGCAGCUCCCGCUGCGGCAAAGAUGGCUUUGCACAGGUUUUACAAAACCGACGACCAAAAGCAUAAAAGAGACCCUGAACUCCCUCGCGUGGGCAAAAGCUCCGUGUAACUCAGCCGGGCUCCAGAGCGAUCGGGCCGAGGGCUGCCUGGCACAGCUUGCGAGCCGACGGAAGCUGCGGCGGGGGGCGAGUGGACGGGGACCGCCGUGCGGAGGCCUGCCAGAGGGGCAGCCCAGCUCGAGGCACGUGAGCACAGACGAGGGCACGGACCGCCGUCCCGGCUGCCUCCUCCCAGUCCCGUGGCUCUGGUCCUGCCCCGCACGGCUCCUCACGCGGCAUUCUCGGGGAGGAGAGCGUGGUACUGGUGACGCCCUGGCCAGCAGAACCAACUGGUCUGGCUGGGUGAUGCCAGGCUGCACCCGCACUGAUACACAAGCACGCAGGUAUGCAUACGAACACCCGCAGCACUAUCUUCGCUACUUCCGACCUCUGAAUACAAGCAAACACAACAUCCAGGCUGCAUCAUCCUGCGGUCGUUACAAGCCUCUGUUUCACUCUGCCCGACAUACAAGGAGCCUCUUUUCACUCGCGUGCUGCAGUUUUCCAAGACUUCAGAGAAGGGGGAAAUGAUCGAACCGCCUGGAUUUCUCGGACCAGCCUUCCAAGCCCACUUGCUUAACUCUACCAGCCGUGCCUCGGCUGUUCUGUAUUUUAUAUUCCCCCGUUUGCAUAAAUAAAAGUUGCAGCCAGUAUUGUG